AUGGUUAUGGAGACAAAGCUAGGGAGGUUACCAAAGGAGAUUGAUAGGGAGGGUCUGGAGGUAAUCCACUAUAAAGCUGAAUACCGUGAUCGUGAUAUUCGUACAGUGACUUCCGCAGCAAUCUCAAAAGAUGGCCGUCAGGUCGCACUCAGUUUUGAAAAUGGCGACAUUGAGGUUGUGGACAUUGAUCGGCAGCACACACUCACUCGAUUCCAAUGUGACUCGCGCAGUCCCCUAGUGUGGAUUGUUAUCCUUGAUAGCCAUAGGAUUGCUACCGAAGAUGAUGAGGGAAACAUAUUUACCUUUGACUACGGUCCGCAUCCCGAUAGUCAGAUUACCAACCACUAUGAUUAUUGGAAUAGACAACUUGUGAAGUUUGGUACCCUCCCCUCUGGGCAUCGUCCCCCUGUCACUGCUGUAGCGGAUGACGCGUCAUUUAUCGUACGGCUCCCACGACAUCUUGGUCCCAACUGGCAAGAAAGAGUGGUGAUCCUGUACCUCUCGGGGGAGCCAUCCAUUCACGUUCUUUCCUCUCCCAGUUCCAUGCCUACCGCUGUUCCAACUCGUCCCCCACCAAUUCCUGUUGGUCUCACAGUGGAGCUAUCCCCUGGAGGGCGAUACGUUGUUGCUUGCGAUGCAAACCGUGAUUUCAUUUGGUCAACAAAGUCGCGCGAGUUCAUUGCUAGUCAUCACCUACCAGAUUCCGAGACUUUUACCUCUCACCCCAUUCCCUCCCGCACAUACAUCAUCAGUGGGGCCAGGCGGCCCCCCACUCUCGGCUCGGAGCAUGGCAUUGAUAAUAUAGGGGACUUCACGGUGGAGCGCGACUUGGAUAAAUUGUGGCUGGAGUCGCAGCCUCACACGUACUCAUUGGAGGUACUGGCGCGGCGUCAGGCUUACUCUCUGAAUAGAACGCGGAUCGGCACCCCUAACCCGGAAUUAUGGCUCAACAACACGUUGAAACUCAUUCUCCCAAUUGAAUAUCACCCAAUCAUUCUUAAUAAUGAUUACCCCCGCGAGUGGUAUGGGGAUCGGGUGAUAGGGGAUGAGGAUUUCAUCUACUUUCCGCAUGCUAGCAAGGACGGGACGCGGUUUUUGGUUCAGGGUCGUAUGAGAGCCCCGAUCGUUGUUGACAUCAGCCAAAUUGUGUAG